UAAUAUUUUUGUUAAAAAAAACCUUCUCUCCUGGAAGCGCGGUAACGAAACACCAGAUCAAAUAGUGUCCCCGUCAUCAAGUCCGUACUCUGGACACGUGUUCCCCCUUCCCUUUUCCUCUUUUUCACUUCUUCUUCUUCCCUCUGCAACUGGGAAAGAAAAUUUUCUAAAGAUUCAAACAGAAACCAAACCAGUACAGACGGACAAACCAAACAGGGAGCAAGCAAAUGUCCACCCGCGCACGUUAGCAGCUCGCACACGCGCCCUGGCUAACGAGUCACGGCGAUCUCUCCUCCUCGUCCUGUCGCCAGCGCUCUCUCAUUCUGUCCGCCGGAAAGUGACGUCAGCUAUCUGUCUCCUCUCCCACCCCCACAUUUUCCAUUUCCCCCUUCUUUCUGCUUCGCCGUCACUCUCAAACAUUCGCGCAAAUCAUCAUUUCUCUCGCCUCUCUGCUUCGCUUUCCUCCUCCUUCAUCCGAAUCGCCUUCUCUUUACAGUUUGCCGGAGAAGGCUUAGAUCUUAGCGAGGUUUAGGGGGAAGAAUUUUGAGUACCUUGCUCCGCCAUGAGAGAGCGUCACCUGGAGAACUCCUACUAUGCCUACAAGCGACUUUCCUCCAAGGAUUUCCUGGAUGACAGAGAAGACGCUCCUCCAGAUCCGAUUGAGAUAAGCAAAGAUAUUGGAAACCCUCCAUGGAGGCGAUCUCUGGUGCAUAUACUGGUGGCCACUAUUUCUUCGCUCUUGUUUGGUUACCAUCUUGGAGUAGUGAAUGAGACGCUAGAAAGCAUAUCCCGAGACCUCGGGUUUAUUGGGAAUACGUUGGCGGAGGGUACUGUCAAAACUCUGGACAAUGGACUUCCCAUCUCCCAGUUCUCUUGUUUUUUUGUUGAAAUUGUUCUAACUAUUAUACUUUUGCCUGAAAAUGAAGGCCUUGUGGUGAGUACAUGCUUAGGUGGUGCUUUUGUUGGAUCGCUCUUCAGUGGUUGGGUUGCAGAUGGCGUAGGCCGCCGCAGGGCGUUUCAGCUUUGUGCCUUGCCUAUGAUAGUUGGCGCUUCAGUGAGUGCCACAACAAAAAACCUAUGGGGCAUGCUCCUCGGAAGGUUGCUCGUUGGAACUGGGAUGGGUCUUGGCCCACCUGUAGCAGCUCUUUAUGUUGCAGAGGUUUCCCCAGCUUAUGUAAGGGGUACCUAUGGAAGCUUGACACAAAUUGCAACAUGUUUUGGACUGAUGGGGUCCCUUUAUAUUGGAAUGCCAGCCAAGACGACCAUGGGUUGGUGGCGCAUUUGCUUUUGGGUGUCUGCCAUUCCUGCUGCAUCACUUGCUAUUCUUAUGGAGUUUUGUGCAGAGAGUCCUUACUGGCUUUUAAAGAGCGGACGAAGUGCUGAAGCUGAAGUUGAGUUCGAGAGACUUUUAGGAGCAUUGCAUGUCAAAUCUGCAAUGGCAGAUUUGUCAAAGUCAGACGGGAGAGAUGAAGUAGAGAAAGUCAAGUUCACAGAGUUGCUUUAUGGCCGUCAUUUUAAAGUGGUUUUCAUUGGGUCUACCCUUUUUGCCUUACAACAGCUAUCAGGGAUAAAUGCCGUGUUUUAUUUCUCAUCAACCGUCUUUAAAAGUGCUGGUGUACCGUCAGACUUUGCAAACACGUGUGUAGGGCUCUGCAACUUGUUUGGCUCCGUAGUUGCCAUGAUUUUGAUGGAUAGACUGGGGAGAAGGGUGCUUCUCAUGGGCAGUUUCUUUGGUAUGGCAGUAUCGAUGUGCAUCCAAGCUGUAGGAGCUAGUUCGCUUGUCUCAAGCUCCCAGUCAGUGUAUCUUUCUGUUGGAGGCAUCUUGUUGGUUGUCUUAACAUUUGCUCUUGGUGCUGGUCCAGUUCCUGGUCUCCUGUUAUCAGAAAUAUUGCCGAGUCGGAUUAGAGCCAAGGCAAUGGCAGUUUGUAUGGCCGUCCAUUGGGUUGUCAAUUUUUUUGUUGGGCUCUUGUUUUUGCGGUUACUGGAGCAAAUUGGUCCGCUCGUAUUGUAUACAGUCUUCUCCAGUUUUUGUAUGCUUGGUGUCAUCUUUGUAAAAAAGAAUGUCCUGGAAACCAAAGGCAAAUCACUGCAAGAGAUUGAGAUUGCACUUAUACCCCAAGUAUGAAGGUAUUGUAAGUUAUGGUUCCACCUAGCACAUCUCAACCAGCACCGUUUUUCGUCUGUAGUCGGAGAUGCAGGGAGAAGACAACUGAUAGUAGAGAGUUGCAGAUACAGGAUUGUACUGGAGUUUAGCGUCAAUGGCUUCCCUAGAGCUUGAUGCUGCCUUCUGCAUUAUAGCCCUGGGUUUUGAUACACAUAUGGCUGGAGAACCUGAGAUAUUCUUAAUCUGGAGAGACGGGAAUGUAUAUUUAUUUACAGAUCAAUUUUCCUUUUUUCCCAUCUAAGGUUGUUCAAAUUGCUGUUCAACUGUGGCAUUUGUGUAAGCACAGUAAUUUUUUUGUUCUAUUUUAUACGUGGGAAAAGGAGACAGUAGACAGUGGCUUCCCUUCUGCCGGACAAACUGAUUAGCAUCGUUUCAGGGGAGAUAUUAUUUUGCAGUAAUAAUUAGAAGUUUGGUACGGAG